GGGAUGAGUUACGCGCCAUAAUUUUAGACGAGUCUUGGUGCUUUAAGUGAGAGGAGGCAGCAGCUGCGACCAUGCCGGCAGUGUUUGAGAUCCCCACUCCCAGCACGCAGGAGAAAGGGCCCGAACAGGCUGCGCAGGAUGCUCCCCAUGAUGAGGUGCAGUAUCUGGAUCAGAUCAGACACAUUCUGGAGCGCGGACACCGCAAGGAGGACCGUACUGGCACGGGGACCGUGUCUGUAUUCGGCAUGCAAGCCCGGUACAGCCUGCGGGACCGGUUCCCAUUGCUGACAACAAAGCGCGUGUUUUGGAAAGGCGUGUUGGAAGAACUUUUGUGGUUUAUUAAGGGCUCUACGAAUGCAAAGGAGCUUUCUGCCAAAGGUGUAAAGAUCUGGGAUGCGAAUGGCUCCCGGCAAUUUCUGGAUAAACUAGGAUUUGCAUCCAGAGAAGAAGGUGAUCUUGGACCUGUAUAUGGCUUUCAGUGGAGGCACUUUGGUGCAGAAUAUAAAGAUGUUCAUACUGAUUAUAGUGGACAAGGAGUGGACCAGUUACAGCAAGUCAUUGAUACAAUCAAAAACAAUCCCGAUGACAGAAGAAUUAUUAUGUGUAGCUGGAAUCCUAAAGACAUCCCGCUUAUGGCUUUGCCGCCAUGUCAUGCACUUUGCCAGUUCUAUGUGGUAAACAAUGAGCUGUCGUGCCAGCUGUACCAGCGAUCAGGAGACAUGGGCCUGGGAGUGCCAUUCAACAUUGCCAGCUAUGCCUUGCUAACAUACAUGAUAGCACAUGUUACUGGACUUAAGCCUGGUGACUUCAUACACACUUUGGGUGAUGCUCAUAUUUACCUAAAUCACAUAGAACCUUUAAAAAUUCAACUCCAAAGAAAACCAAAACCUUUCCCGAAACUAAAAAUCCUCCGCAAAGUUGAAAACUUAGAUGACUUCACAGCGGAAGACUUUCAGAUUGAAGGGUAUGACCCUCACCCCACCAUAAAAAUGGAAAUGGCUGUAUGAGUACAUCUGUUGUACCAUGACCUGAUAAUUGCGGUUUGUAACUUCAAAUGACUCUGCCCAAUGCUUCAGGCAUUGCACGUUUUGUGUGUGUAUAUAAAAAUAUGCUAUGACUAAGAUGUUUUAUGUAUUUGAGAAAAGAUGUACUCUUGCUUUUAGAAUAAUGAAAGCAUUAGUUUUCUUAAUGUCUCUUUUUUUUUUUUUUUUAGAAAUU